AUGAGUUCAUCGUCGGAAAAUCCGCCGAGCAGUAUUCAAAGUGAUGCUUAUUCGAACGUUCGAACUAGUAUUAUUAAUAGUGAUUCUUCCGUGAAUAAAGCGUCUAAACAGCUAGGUGGAUCCGACAACGAGCCCACCUCUCUGGUCCAUACGGCUGAUUCCGAAGCGAAACCGGACGGCAUGAGGUUAGGUGAAGAAGCUCGCGACUAUUAUCCACCUUCGAAGUCAGAAGCAAGGAGUGAUGUAAACAAAUCGUCGUCGGACGUAGAAAAAUGUUCUACUGUUGCCAACUGCGGAACUGGUACUGUUGAUGGGGAAAGUACCACAGCAGCUCCCAGUGUUGAAUCUACUGCGGCUGAUGCUGAUGCUAAUGUGGACGAUGUUGACAUGAGUGACGGAGACCAACCAGGGCCGGCAGGCGUCAUCCGCAAGCCGUCGGCAGCUCCUCAGAUCGAUGCAGAACAACUACGAUGCGAUCCCGAUUUCGCCGUUAUUUGCAGUUUCAUCAAUAAAUUCUUUACACUCAUGAAAAUGGAACCAGUAAGCUUUUGUCAGUUGGAAAACAUGUUUACUACGUUGGAGGAUGGCAGAGUGUCAAAAGAGCUUGUUGAUCUUCAUUUGAAGUUGUUGCGUCGUUCGAUUGUGAAGACUGUAAGUAAUGAAAGCUUCGAGAAAUGCCUUCUCAAGUACCUCAACAGCACCGGAUUACUGUCCUCUGAAAAGAGACAGCUUGAAACGUACGGAUAUGUCCAUAUGUCAAUAUUGAGUAAGCUUAAAAUCCUUAGGACUUUAUGUGAACUGCAGCUGGACCACAAUCUUCGGCUAAGAGAGAGUAUUCCAACGGCUCUACGUGCAAUGGAUAUGAGGGAUAUGGUCACCGGUGUUGACAAAAACGGUUUGGCAUACUACUGUCAGAUUGAUUCGAAGUACGGCAUUCGUCUUUACACUACAGAACAGGAUGACGAAAGUGGAUAUUCCUGGACAUUGGUUGCUCGUGAUAUGCCCGAUUUGGAAAACCUUAUAACCAAAUUGAAGGACGAGGAUCUAGGAUAUGUGAAGAAUCCAAAUGAUAAGCGCGAGUUUAAUAAGCCCGCUGAAGGUGAUGCUGAACCUGCCAUACAUAUGGUUACAAAAAAGGGUACUUAUGUGGACGUGUUCCUCGAUGAAGCUGCAAUUAAGAAAAUGAGGGAAUCCAUGAUUAAAGAGAAAGAAGAACGGCGCACCAGGCGUAAUGCUAGAUUAGAUAAUCCCUCAGAACCGCAAGAGGAAGUUGUCCCGGAAGAGGAAGAAAAGCCAGCGGAAACUGAGGAGAGUGAUCGUCGCAUUUUACCUCGACGAACUGCUUCACAGAAAGCGCAGACGAACAUUAGAAAAUACAUCACUCCCUCAAGGAAAACCCAUGAAAAGAAGCCAAACGUUGCUGAACAACACGAGGAAGCGAAGGAGGAGAAUGUGAAAAGGGACUCUUCUACUCCUGCUUCGGACGAUUCGGGGGGAUCCGCUAGUACUUCAGAUGCGGAAAUAGAUGGAUCAGCCACCAGUGAUGAUGAGUUUAAGCCAAAAACUCCACGAAAAUCCACGGGGAAACGGCGGCAUAGAAAGAAGAAAAUCGUCGAGGAUGUGGACGACGAUGACGAGUCUGCAGAUGAAGACGAAGAAGAAGUGCGGCGUAGAGCUGAAGGUGAUUUCGCAUGUGGCUCCUGCAAACUGAGUGAUAAUGAAGACAUUUUGCUUCUUUGUGACAAUUGUGACGAUGCUUGGCAUACGACAUGCUUGAAACCACCUCUGUGGUUCGUACCAGGUGGCAAAUGGUACUGUCCAAAAUGCGAGCAUGGAAUGCUUAUUGAAUGUCUAACGUAUGUGCAAGAAGUUCUCGUAAUCCAUCAAAAGAAAUUAGCUGCUGAAGAGAAAAAAAGGAAAGCGGCCGCGGAUAGAUUCCGUCGUGAGAUGGAGUACAUUGGCGUUUCAUUGAACAACAUCAUACCGACCACAGUG